AUGACACAACUUUUCACCUCCUCCUCUGGGCAGACCAGCGGCGUGAGACAUGAGAAACGCAGCAACUUCGCCGGCAUAUCAUUGGCCACGAAGAAACACUCCUCCAAUGACUCCUCCCAUUUCCCUACGAAGUUGAAGAACUUCUUCCGCAUCAACAGCUCGUCCUCCACAAACAGUAAUAGCAACAACAACAACAAUAGCGACGGCUCCCAUGGCGCUGCUGGCCAAAACUCCGGCGCCUCUGGAUCGGGUAAAUCGGAGACCAAGAUGACCUUCCGGCAGUCGCGUUUUCUUCCCACUAUUACCAGAAAUCGAUCGACGACAACCGCCAGUGAAGGAAACCCGUUAGACGAAGGCAUGUCCCCGACUGCCCAUGCGAAUCCGUACUUUGCUCAUCAGGGCCACCCGGCCCUGAGACAUCGGAACGACGGCAGCGUGUCCUCGGUCAAUGCCGAUACCCCCGAGUUGCAGGUGGAUGGUGUCGCGGCUGGAGACCAGGCCACAACGGCGGGCAAAGAGGAGCUAGCGAGAAAGUUGAGAAGGGUCGCUUCCGCACCAAAUGCGCAGGGAUUGUUUUCUACUGGCAAAUCGGACGAGAGGCCGAGGACAGCGGAGCUGGGGAAAGAGCCGUUGGUGGAACAUGGUGCUGCUACUGGUGGUGUUGGUGUCAGCGACGGGGCCAGACUGAGCCUGGUUGAUGCGCCUUCCAAGAGUAAUUCGCUUGCGGUGCCCGGUGUGGAUGAGCUGUCGAAUCUUCCCCCGCCAAGCUUGAAUCGUAAUCCUAUUGCAUUUAGGAGGACGUAUAGCUCAAAUUCUAUCAAGGUGCGGAAUGUUGAGGUCGGGCCUGGGAGUUUUGAUAAGAUCAAGUUGAUUGGGAAAGGGGAUGUGGGGAAAGUAUAUUUGGUGAGGGAGAAGAAGUCAAGUCGGUUGUAUGCGAUGAAAGUCCUAAGCAAGAAGGAGAUGAUCAAGCGGAAUAAGAUCAAGAGAGCUCUGGCCGAACAGGAGAUUCUCGCUACAAGCAACCAUCCAUUUAUUGUCACGUUAUAUCAUUCCUUCCAGUCUGAGGAUCACCUAUAUCUGUGCAUGGAGUAUUGCAGUGGUGGCGAGUUUUUCAGAGCUCUUCAAACGCGCCCCGGCAAAAGUAUCCCCGAAGACGAUGCCCGCUUUUAUGCUGCUGAAGUAACUGCUGCCUUGGAAUACCUUCAUCUCAUGGGAUUCAUUUAUCGUGAUCUCAAACCCGAGAAUAUCUUAUUACACCAGUCAGGACACAUAAUGCUCUCAGAUUUCGAUCUGUCGAAACAGUCGGGACCCGGUGGGGCUCCAACUAUGAUCAUAGGUCGCAAUGGUGCCUCGCCCACGUCUUUACCAACCAUAGAUACCAAGUCAUGCAUCGCCGACUUCAGAACGAAUUCGUUCGUAGGAACGGAGGAAUAUAUCGCACCGGAGGUUAUCAAGGGUGAUGGACAUACGAGCGCCGUUGAUUGGUGGACCCUAGGCAUCUUGAUAUACGAGAUGCUCUUUGGGACCACGCCGUUCAAGGGCAAGAGUCGCAACGGCACCUUUGCCAACAUAUUAAGGGAUGAAGUACCGUUCCCGGAGAGUUCAGGUUCGCCGCAGAUAUCGAAUAUUUGCAAAUCCCUCAUCCGCAAGCUCCUCAUCAAAGACGAAACCCGCCGACUAGGAGCACGCGCAGGCGCUUCGGACGUGAAAACUCAUCCUUUCUUCCGUACCACACAGUGGGCACUUAUUCGCCACAUGAAACCGCCCAUGAUACCACACCAAGGCCGAGCAACCGAUACAAUCAACUUCCGGAAUGUCAAAGAAAGCGGUAGUGUUGAUAUCGGCGGCUCGGCAAAGGCCAAGGGAGUACCUCUGGACUCCGGGCUGACAACUCCAUCGGGGGAAGCGGUGCCGGAUCCCUUUGAGGAUUUCAAUAGCGUCACACUUCACCAUGACGGGGAGGAACUUGGACAUCAUAUGAUUGAUGAUCGUGUGCCGUCGCCGUCGAAUAGGCGGUGAAUUUAAACGGGGAAACUUAGUCUCUCCGUUUAUUUUAAUCCUGGUAAAAAUGGGGGGAAAAGGGGGACCUAUUGGCGCAUUUUUCAGAUAUUUAACAAGCAUGUCCCCAUUGAGUCGAUUCAGGAUCGCAUGCAUGCCAUGCGCAUAUGUGUAUUUGAUUCGAGAAGCUCUUUCACUCACUCCCCACUGAUCCUCAACAGGUUAUUCAUUCAAAAACACGGAGGAAGAAAGAACAAAGAAUUGAUCGGCGCCGAUAAGAUGAAGAAUAACUAUCGAUUCCACGCGACUUCGACAUUUUUUGGUGAAGAAAAAGCCGGUAUCCAGCUUUUUGAUGUGUUGCUAUUUUUACUCUGCCUCUUUUCUCAAGCCAAAGAAUUCAUAGUAGGGGUGUUCGGAGUGUAUUUGCUCGCCUUGGUCUUCAAGGGUACUUUUUCAUCCCUCUUUUUGCCUGUUUGCUGUAUACUUUAUUUCCAGACCCAUCUGCUUUUCUUUUUAAACCGUUUUGGCGAUAUUAUU